AUGGAGGAUGACCUUAAGUCAAAAGCCUCAACGCAAGCAUUGAAUCUACCCACGGCUAGCAUUUCGAAAGUGAGAAUACAGACGGAUGUACAGCCCGCUCCUUUUGUGGCUAGAAUAUCAUCAAAAGGGCCAAAUAUUGUCGACCCAGCAAUCUUAAAGCCGGACGUCAUUGCGCCAGGAAUUGACAUUCUAGCUGCCGGUAAUCCAUCAUCAAAGUCAACUAAUUUUGUCUUCAUGUCGGGAACUUCAAUGGCUACUCCUCACGUUGCCGCUGUGGCCGGAUUGCUUAAGUCCAUUCAUCCUGAGUGGAGUCCCGCUGCUAUCAAGUCAGCACUUAUGACUACUGCAACCACAAAAGAUUAUCGUGGAAAUCCUAUGCAGGAAUCAGAUUUUAAAAAAUUGAAAGACGCAACUCCGUUUGCCUACGGUGCUGGCGUAAUUCAACCUAAUCUCGCCGUAGACCCUGAUCUCAUAUAUGAACUCGAUAUUAAAGAUCACAUGGACCAUUUUUGGCAUCGUGGCAUCUACGACAAGGAUGAAUCUAAGUCGACGCUCAAUAUAUUGAACUACAAGUACAACUAUCCUUCAAUUUCAAUACCGAACCUUCAGUUUAAUCAUCCUCAAACUGCAACGCGCGUCUUGACAAAUGUUGGUUCACCAGGAAAAUAUGAAGUGACAGUUGAAGCUCCCCCACAAGUUAGAGUUGAGGUUGAUCCUACAGAACUAGAGUUUAAGGAGAAGGAUCAAAAGGAGAAGUACAAAAUUACAUUCACUCUAGACUCUGAACCUAACGACACUAAUGAUUACGUGUUUGGGAGUUUAGUCUGGAAGGACGGAAAACACAAUGUAAACUCCAUUAUAUGUGUUAAGUUGGGUCGUACAAGUCCUAGUUCCACUCGGCCAAAAAAGAUCAUUGCCAAGUACAAGAGACAUGCAGAUUCUGAUUGA